AUGAUAUGGCCUUUGAUUAUCAUCUCAUUAAUACUUUUUAUUGGCACACAAUUUUUACGAAGAAUCUUACGUCCACGAGUCAUUGAAUAUGACACAACUGAUGCAGAUGUGUCAUCAAGUAGUUGCUUGUCUGUUUCGUUUCUUUUCACUCUGGAAUGCAAUGCGAUUUUUGUGGUGUUAUGGUUGAUACAAAAACGUGCCUUCAUUCACUGUCGUCAACCGUUGCGUGCAAUUAUUAUUUCUGGUUUUGAAAAGUAUUUCUACAAAAUCAUUUUCUUUCAUGUAAAAUUUAAGGUUCGUGGUAAUCUUCCUUCAUGUAGUAUAUGUGUUUCUUGUGAAGAGAUGUGUGGUGAUGGUGUUGGAUUAAUUGAUUAUCGUUGUGCGCUAUGCCAGGCGACAGUUCAUGCAGAUUGUAAGUAUUCGGUUGGUGAACGUUGUAAUUUAGGCGUUAAUCGUGAUUUCAUCAUUCCACCAAAUUGUGUGACCGUUCGAAGAGCUGGAAAUCGACGUUAUAAGCAGUUGGUAAUUGAAUCAAUAACUCUACCAAAUUUUACAACCGCAUCAAGUUGGCGACCAAUCUUCGUUUUGGUUAAUCCAAGGAGUGGCGGCGCUGAGGGUUUCGCCAUUUUGCAAACAUUCCGACGUUAUCUUCAUCCUGUUCAAGUAAUAAAUGUGGAUUCAGUAAGCGUUUAUACAGCAUUCAGAUGGAUUGAAGUGAAUCCAAAAAUCAACUGUUAUGUUCUUGUUGCUGGUGGUGAUGGCACUGUUUCAUUGGUUCUAGAUGCUAUUGGUAAUUUACAUCGUAAACCACCGGUUGCUAUUUUACCGCUUGGUACAGGGAAUGAUUUGAGUCGAGUUCUUGGAUGGGGCUCAGCACAUUCUGGCUCAAUUGAUUUUUCAAAGAUUUGUUCGGAGUUGCGAAAUUCAAGUGUGACUGCACUUGAUCGAUGGUCAGUUACUGUGAUUCAUCGUAGACGAUUGGGUGUACGGCCAAAAAAUAAACGUUUGAGUAUGGUCAAUUAUAUAUCAAUUGGAGUGGACGCUUGUGUUACAUAUGGUCGUCUAUUAUUAUUUUUUAAAAUUUUGUUCUUUGUGAAUGUUGAUGAUAAUAAUGUUUAUUCAGGUAUGCAAUCUACACGUUCCAGCAUUCCGCGACUCUUCUCAUCUCGUCUCCUUAAUAAAUUGCUCUUCUUCACAUAUGGAACAAAAGAUGUGUUAGAGCAUGCUUGCGCGGAUUUGGAACAGAAAGUUGAAUUGACAGUGGAUGGAGUAGUGGUAGAAUUACCACCGCUCGAAGGAAUUACCAUCUUGAACAUUCCUUAUUGGGGUGCUGGCGUAAGACCAUGGCCAGAUUUACCACAUAUGCCACAGGCGAUCUCUGAUAAAAAAUUAGAAGUGUUCGGUGUGCGAUCAUCGUUUCAUAUCGCACAAAUGCAAGUGGGUGUCUCAAAAUGUGUACCACUCGCACAAGGAAGCGAACUGAAGAUACGUUUGUUCGAUUCCGAUUCAGCCAUUCCAAUGCAGUGUGAUGGCGAGGCAUGGAUACAGCAUGCUGGUAAUAGUAUCCGUAAUGACAGUAGUGGUAAUGAUGGUGACAGUAGUAGCAAGUCGUCGUUUUAUCUGUAA